CGAUUUCGAAGAUCUUCAUCACUAUCAUUGUUAGUCUUGAUCGUACUGUGACACAUUCAACGUAAGAAAGCUCGGUAUGCCAACUAUAUCGAAAGAUAUAAGGCUAUGUAGGUACAAAAUGUAAAUGCAUGGAUAUGACCUCAGCAUACGUCAUUGCUUUUGUAGACAAACCAUCCCCCACAUAUGAUAAUACAAAUUAGAUAUACUCGCCUCAAGUUAGCUAUCCGCAUUCAACCCAUUUACAUUAACCCGGUUCUAACACUGUCUUACACGCCCGAUAUAGCUUCCUUUUUCUCAGACAACAGCCAAGAUGACUGAUUCGCGAGGAAGCCACUCGUCUACACUUGAGCAGACACCCCUUGACUCGAACCAACACGGUCAGGCGCAAAACAUCAUCGACGAGACCUCCGCGACAUACGGCAGCACUACCCAGUCAGACCUCGGGGCCAACAUAGAAUCCCACGACGAGGCGCUCAAGGACAAGGUUGAUGGCGCCGUGAUGACCGGCCCGAAGAAAGCCGACGAAACUACCGGCGGUAGAGUGCAAGUCGGCGAGACGGGCGACUUACACGAUCUUGCUGCAAAGAGGCAACCUUAGAAAAAAAAUACUUAUUCAUUAACUGGCCUGGGUAUGUGAUAGGGGAACCUGUAUGGCACUGGAGUUGGACGGUUUGAUUAUUUCGAUACCGGAAAGAAGGUAUAAGUACUUAAGGCAUAUCAUAGGCACGUACUCGGGACGCUCGGUCUAUGUAGCUUCAAGCUUUAAGCAAGGCCCAUG